GUGGUGGAUUAUGCGACAGAAGACAUGUUUAAGAGACAUCGUAAAUUUGGUUUAUUUUUAGUGACGACAAACACUUUUAUUUUCUUCACAUUACUUCUAUAUUCUGCGUUCUACUCUCGGCGGCCAAAUUUGAUAGAAACUCUCUCCAACUCAGUUAUAAACGCACGGGAUAUGACAGGUAUCAAAUUUUUUUCAUCUUACUUAGAAAAGAGGCAAGUUAUUCCAGACAAGUGUGAAGAAGAAGUAGAAUUACUCAUAUUGAUUCCGAGUUCAGCUUGGAAUUUUGAGCAAAGAGAUGCUGUUAGGACAACGUGGGGAAAUAUAAACAGUACUGAUGCCAAGAUGAAGCUGGUGUUUCUGACGGGAAGGACUCUUAAUGACACAAUUAAAAGAAAGCUGGAUAAAGAAGGAAGACUUCAUAAAGAUUUGGUGCAAGAAAACUUCCAGGAAACUUAUGACAAUUUAACCAACAAGUCCGUGGCAUUGCUUAAAUGGGCAAACUUAAAUUGUCCAGCUGCUAAAUACGUCUUAAAAACAGAUGACGACAUGUUCAUAAAUAUUCAAAAUUUAGUCAAUUUGUUACGAAGAACGAAACCGAAAAACUCCAUACUGGGAGUCAAGAAUUCGUAUUCUGUGCCAUUCCGAGACCCAGGGUCAAAGUGGUACGUCUCCAAGAAACAAUAUCCAAAAGACAAGUAUCCGUCUUAUAUUAGUGGCACCGCAUACAUUAUCACAGGUGAUAUCAUGUCAGCAUUAUUUAACACGACAAAGUACCUGCCAUCAUUAUUUAUAGAGGAUGUUUAUAUAACGGGGAUUUGUAGAGAAGCAGUCGGUGCUAAAGCUGUUCACGUCUCCGGGUUUGAUUCAGGUAGGAGUAGCGGGAAAAUAAAUGGAGCAAACUUUCAGGAUAGGAUAACUGGGCAUCAUUUUUCUCCAAACGAUAUUAAACUGAUGUGGAAUGAACUUAUGAAAGCUACGCCUAGAUCAUCCAAAAAUGAUCAAUAAACUUUAUGGACUUUCAGAGGAGGAAAAUAUGAUAAAAUGCGCGUUUUUAUUUGAACUUUAAAUUUUUUAUUUG